AUGUCGCGCUAUCUCCGACCCGCAGUCCGCCUGGCUUCCACGGCCUCGCGUGUCCAGGUUGCCCGUCCUGCGGCCCCGACCUUCUUCAAGCCCGCCUCCGUCGCCGGUCUCCAAAAACGGACCUACGCCGAUGCCCCCUCCGGCACCAAGGACUACACGGUCCGCGAUGCCCUGAACGAGGCCCUGGCCGAGGAGCUCGAGGCCAACCCCAAGGUCUUUGUCAUGGGUGAGGAGGUUGCUCAGUACAAUGGCGCAUACAAGGUCACCAAGGGCCUACUAGACCGCUUCGGCGACAAGCGUGUUAUCGACACACCCAUCACCGAGAUGGGCUUCACCGGUCUUGCCGUCGGUGCUGCUCUCAGCGGUCUUCACCCCGUCUGCGAGUUCAUGACCUUCAACUUUGCCAUGCAGUCCAUCGACCACAUCGUCAACUCCGCCGCCAAGACGCUCUACAUGUCCGGUGGUAUCCAGCCCUGCAACAUCACCUUCCGCGGCCCCAACGGUUUCGCCGCCGGUGUUGCCGCCCAGCACUCGCAAGACUACAGCGCCUGGUACGGUUCCGUGCCCGGCCUCAAGGUAGUGUCCCCCUGGUCGGCCGAGGACGCCAAGGGUCUUCUCAAGGCCGCCAUCCGCGACCCCAACCCGGUCGUCGUUCUCGAGAACGAGCUCAUGUACGGCCAGGUCUUCCCCAUGUCCGAGGCCGCCCAGAAGGACGACUUCGUGAUUCCCAUCGGCAAGGCCAAGGUCGAGCGCGCCGGCAAGGACCUGACCAUCGUGACCAUGUCGCGCUGCGUCGGCCAGUCGAUCGUCGCCGCCGAGGCCCUCAAGAAGAAGUACGGCGUUGAGGUUGAGGUUCUCAACCUCCGCUCCAUCAAGCCCAUUGACUUGGAUGCCAUCAUCGCUUCCAUCAAGAAGACCCACCGUCUCAUGACCGUCGAGUCCGGCUUCCCCGCCUACGGUGUCGGUGCUGAGAUCGUCGCCCUCGCUGUCGAGUACGGCUUCGAUUACCUCGAUGCUCCUCCCCAGCGUGUCACCGGUGCUGAUGUCCCUACUCCCUACGCUCAGGGGCUUGAGGAGAUGUCCUUCCCUACUGAGGCUCUUAUUGAGAACCACGCUGCCAAGCUCCUCAAGCUUAUCUAA